AAAAGACAAGAUUACAUUUUUGUUUAUUAAACAACCCAAGUUUUAUUAGAUCAUGCAUCUUAAUGUUCAUUAUUUUGUGUCAUAAGAUGCCCCCCCCCUUGUCGUAUCCUUCCAGCUCUUAGUGAAAUGAUAAAUGAUAAGAUUUAAACUAGAGUCAGUGCCUUUUAAGCUUUAGUAUACACAACAGUUAAACAAGCCAAUGUCUGUAAGUACAGCUAAAUUGUGAUUUUUCACAAUAUCAUCACUUUUUGUCUUUUUACAUAUACAGAAUGGAGUACGAUAAAGUACUGGAGAAGGUUGGAGGGUUUGGACUCUAUCAGAAAUUUCUCUGCUAUGUACUUGUCUUCUAUACAACAUUUCUUUGUGGUAUAAACUUCUAUACACAGGUUUUUAUAUUUGAGCGUCCUCCCCACCGGUGCUUCGACAAGGUGCUGGACAUGGUGCAGGAGAAGGAGAUGAUAUCCUGGGAGGAGUUCCAACCCUGGAUACCAGUAGAACAUACAGGAUAUCCUAGUAAAUGUUUGAAGUUGGAUAAACUAGAAGGAGAUUUAAUAUUUAUCAAUCAAACAGAAGCAUACUACUCUGCUCUACUUACACAGAAUGCUGAGAAUAAAAUAUCUGCUGAACUUGUAACAAGAACUUACGUAAAAAACUCAUCCUUCAAGGCAUGUGAUGAAGGCUGGGUUUACAAUAACAAUCUUAUAUUCCCAACUAUAUCAAGCGAGAACAACUGGGUGUGUGAGAAUGACUGGAAGCCUGUAAUGAUACAAAGUAUAUUCUGGGCCGGAAACUCUGUUGGAUGCUUUAUAUGGGGAUAUAUAAAUGACCAAUUUGGAAGACGACCAACCAUUCUUCUCAGUCAUUUGGUUUAUUUUCUGGCAGGAGUAGCCACUCUUUUUAGUCAGAAUAUGGUGUACCUGGCCGCGUGUAGGUUCUUGGUGGGGUGUGCUCACCACACUAUAUCCCACCUUCCAUACUUGUUAGUUAUUGAGUUCUGUGAUAUAAAGAGCAGAACGUAUCCUCUUCUAAUGAUGAGUGUAAGCUACAGUAUGGCCAGUAUGAUAGUGCCCUGGGUAGCUAUGGUGCUACCCACGUGGCAUUAUCUGGCCGUACUGGCACCAGCUGCAGUACUUCCGGUUCUAGUCUGCUUCAAAUUUAUUCCUGAAUCUCCAUCUUGGCUUCUUGUUGUUGGAAAGGACGAGGAGGCCUUGGAUUGCUUGGCUUUGGUAGCGAAAGUAAACAAGCAACAGUUUAGGAGAGAGGAGAUAAGGAAGGAUCUAAUAAAUGAGAAGGAACGGGAAGUGAAUGGAACAGGAUCUGAAAGCCUACUGGAUAUGUUCCGGACCCCAAAUCUCAGAGUUAAUGCUGUUCUAGUCAAUAUUAUUUGUAUGAUGGGGUUCUUGUGCUACUAUGGACAAGUUCAAAACACAAGCAAUCUUGGAGACGGAAAUAUUUAUAAAUCCUACUUUUUCGGAGCAUUGGUCGAGAUUCCUUGCUGGACCGUUCCUUUUCUCAUUAAUAAGGUUGGGAGACGUUGGCCUCUCUUGGUUCUCUUCUUCUUCUCUGGAGGAAGUGGGUUAUUGUUUGGAACAUUACCCUCAGACUGGGACUCCAUUUUACUAGGCACUGCUCUUCUUGGGAGAAUGACAGUAACAGCUGCGUAUUUCAUCUGUCUCCAGUAUGCCAGUGAAAUAUUUCCAACAGCUGUUAGAGGACAGGGUGUUGCAAUGUGUGAGGUAUUGGGAGGCGUUGCAAUUUUCAUCUCUCCUUCAAUAGUAUAUCUGGAUAAAAUUUCCUCAGUUUUUCCCCUUCUUGUACUGGGAAUAUGCGCUCUUACUGGAGCUUUUGCUACUUUCUGGUUACCAGAAACAUCAGGUUACUCCCUACCCCAGGAUCUAGAGGCCGGUCAACAUUUUGGCGAGGAUCAAUCAGUCUGGGAUAUACCUUGCUGUAACAAACAGAUUAAAUAUGAAAUACCUAGGGUUGAGAUAAUAACACGAAAUGAGGAAACAGAUCCUGAAAUAUCUGGCUAAUUGUAUACUCUGCAUUCAACGUCAAAUGAGGCCCAAGAAUGCUCAAAAUAAAAUGAUUGAUAGUUUGUAAAGGAUGGUUUAAUCAAUACAUUAAACAUCCUAGGAGUUAUCAAGUUUACUGUGUAAAGCUUAAACAGUAAAUGUUUAAAAAGUUUUAAUCUCAGAUGAAUUCAAAAACUGUAAAGGGUGUCUCAAAAAAAAAACUUGAAACCGUCAUCCACCUCACGCACAGUCAAAAUAAGGAACUUUUCUGAACUGUUCCAAACUUCUUAGUAUCUUUAAAAUUUUGAAGAUGAAAAAAUGGUAGACCACAUUUUGGAAGUCCCGAGACUAAAGAAUUACUUAAAUACUAUAAUUGUGUUUACGAAAUAAUGCUGCGUGAAACAAAUAUCCAUUUUUUAACACCUUGUCCUUAAGCAGGUUGAGAGAAAAAUUUAUAACCAAAGAUCAAUUUUUUCAUCAAUUCAAGACUACAAAAUCUUAAAUUAAAAUGUUACCCAACCUUUCUUACAAUUCAACCAUAUUGGUUGAUAAACACUCAGUCGUAAGGUACCUGAUUAAUUUAUACCGCAUACAGGUUGUAUAAAUUUAUACCGCAUACAGGUUGUAUAAAUUGUGGGAAACCCUAGCACAAUUUUUUUCUUGACUAGAGACUAGAAAAUCAUCAGCAAAAGAUUGAACAUGUUUGGUUUUCAAAUAUUUCAAGUAUUCUGUAUUGUUUGUAUUUCUUUGUGUACUUUCAUCAUUUCAGUCAUAAUAUCAAUAGUUUACAUUGUAUUUUUCUUCUUCAAUUUUUAAAUUAAUUUAUAAAUAAAAAUUUUACAAAAUGGUAAAAUUACGUUUUUUAUAACAAAUGUAUUUUAUAGAAUUAAAACAAUGACUGACCAAUGCAUGUAGCGGAAUGAAAGUGAGAAAAUAAUCAAAUUUUCCUUCAAGUUAAAUGGUUAUGUUCAAAAGUUGUUACUGCUGUUGGCGCAUUAACUCUGAAAUUUUUCUUGG